UUUGGUCUGGGGGCUAGUUUUGCCCAGAGCAACUCACGAAGUAAAUAAAGGGUUGCAGAGUUAAAAAGUCAUUCUUCCGAAACGUCUGGUGUGUGCAGCAUCCAGAGUGUAAUUUUUGGCUUUGGAGACGUUUAUUCAAAUACAUAAAGAAAAGUUAAUCGACUCUCUGAGAAGAUCUCCGGCUAGUAUGCCUUUGGGCUUGUCUGUCAUUAGACUGAUGUCAUGUGAGCUGCGAUCUUGUAGAGAGCAAAACAGAGGGAAGAGAGCGAGCGCACAGCCAGGAAUGCCCGGAAAAGGGAGGCAGUGGGAGGAAGAGUUAUGGUUAGCCUGACAGGAUUUAGCAAAAGUCUGAGCCAUUUCAACAUCCCUGUAUGUGCUCUAGGGUAGGAUAAACUACCUUAAAACAAACUCAGAUACCAGACACCGUCUUACAUGUGCUGAGGUGCUGUGCUUCACAGGACUGGCAGAGAGAAACCACACCGUCUGCUUUAUAAACGAUUCAGAUGAUGGAUUCGCCUGUACAGAUCUUCCGUGAAGACCUUUCGACCCUCUGUCCCACUAAUGCAGGCUCAUCGGAGUGCCUGCCGAACAGCUCCUGGCCAUUUACAUGGAUAAUGGACAAUUUCACCGAUGAAGGGGGCAUACACAAUGCAACCCAUGCUCUCCCUGUCAUCAUCACUGCUGUGUACUCUGUUGUCUUUGUGGUCGGCUUGGUGGGAAAUCUUCUUGUCAUGUUUGUUAUCAUCAGGUAUACAAAGAUGAAAACAGCAACAAAUAUCUACAUCUUCAAUCUUGCUGUAGCAGAUGCCCUGGUCACCAGCACAAUGCCGUUUCAGAGUACUUACUACUUAAUGAACUCCUGGCCUUUUGGAGAGGUGCCUUGUAAAAUAGUUGCAUCAAUUGAUUAUUAUAACAUGUUUACUAGCAUAUUUACCUUAACAAUGAUGAGUGUCGAUCGUUAUAUUGCUGUCUGUCAUCCAGUCAAGGCCCUUGACUUCAGAACACCUUUAAAGGCAAAAGUAAUAAAUGUCUGCAUCUGGUUAUUGUCCUCAGCUGUUGGUAUCCCAGCCAUUAUACUUGGAGGUACUAAAACCAGGGAUGGUACAACAGAAUGUGCUCUUCAGUUUCCUCAGCCAUACUGGUAUUGGGACAAUACCAUGAAAAUAUGUGUUUUUGUUUUUGCAUUUGUUAUUCCUGUUCUAAUUAUAACUGUCUGCUACACCAUGAUGAUCCUCCGCUUGAAGAGUGUACGACUUCUUUCAGGAUCAAGAGAAAAAGACAGAAAUUUAAGGCGCAUCACACGACUUGUCCUUGUUGUCGUUGCAGUGUUUAUUAUUUGUUGGACCCCAAUUCAUAUUUUUGUACUGCUGAAGGCUCUAGUAAAUGUUCCAGAUACAAAUGCAGUAAUUGCCUGUUACUACUUCUGCGUCGCUUUAGGAUAUACAAAUAGUAGUCUUAACCCCAUUCUUUAUGCCUUUUUAGAUGAGAACUUUAAAAGAUGCUUUAAGGAUUUCUGUUGCCCUACUAAGAUGAGAAUGGAUUAUCAUGGAACAAGCCGUGUACGGAACACUAUCCAGGAGCCUGCACAUCCUAGAGACUUUACAGAUGGGACUAGUAAGCCAGUAUGACUAGCAGUGGAGAUGUCUUCUUUUUCACCUCAAGGGAGAGAAGAGUCGCAAGACCUGGGAGUAACUCAGAUCACAACUGCAUUUUGAAACUCUGCUGCUCAAGGGCUUUUGGAAUUAUUUCCACUAAGUUCAGAAGUGCAAACACAUAGUUAAUUUGGACUGUAUAUACUGUGUGAUCUUGGAGGCACUUGCUUUAAUGGCAUUGCAGUAAUGGAUUAUAAUGGAGUAUCAAGAUUUUGAAAUGAUACCUUUUUAGCACUGUCAGUAAGCCAUGCUUCAAGCACAAAGAGGACUGGAGAAGUCAUAUGAACAAAAUGAAGUCUAUUAUGAUUGUGAAUGUUUUAAUUUAAUACCAAAAUAAAACUGACCUUGUAGGAAAAAAGAAAAAAAAAACAUCUCCUGCACAUACACAUUCACA